GUCUCGCCCUCGGCUGGACCUUUAGGACAGCAGCAAGGUCGCUCUUCUUGGUACGCAACACAGAGAAAAGCACCACAUGCGUUUUGCAAUGAGGCUCCCGUUCAGGACGGACACCUCAAUGCAGUCCUUCUUGAGCUUAGCCAUCUGUCUGGCCUUGGCGGGCCAAGGGAGCGCCCGGCUCUUCCAGUGGGCGGCCAACACGACCGGCGCCAUGUGCAAGUCUGACAAGGAGUGCGAGGAGGAGGGCAUUGCCUUCCCGGAUUGCUGUUGCGUGUUUGAGGAGGGAGAGAAGGUCGAGCGGAGCUGCCAGCCGCGGGCAACGCUCCCCAAAGACAAGGGCAAAUGCGCCCGUGGGCCCAAGGCGAGUUGGAAGGUCGGCCGGCCACAAUGCGUGGCACACGAGAGACAUGCGCAAUCCAUCCACUGCAGCCGCCUCCCUCUCUGUUUGUGUGUGGAAGGGCUGGUGUCUCGGGGAGGCGCCCGGUGACAUAGAACGAGCCGAAGCGGCGGAAGCUCUAAAAAGGAAAGCAGAGGAGGAAAUGAGAAAGAAGGAGGAGGCGGCAAAGGGUCGUGUCGAUUGACUGGUCCGAAUGGGGCAAGUGCCACAAUCCGAACGUGGCAAACCCGGAACCAUGCUCCAACGGUACAAGAAUACCAUUUGCGGCCGCUUAGCUUUCCCCUGCUUGUCUGCCUGUUUGCCUGCAAUGGAUUCAGGCAUCCAGGUCCGCACCCGUGGGAUCAAGGUGGAGCCCAAGAACGGCGGCAGAAAGUGCCCCACGGAGCGUGGGGAGGUGCAUAGGUGCAAGAUACAGCCAUGCCCACCACCAACACCAACACCUGCACCUGCACCGCCCGUCACUCCAGACAAGGACUGUGUGCUCAAGGACUGGACAGAUUGGGUGAGCGCCGGAGAGUGACCAUGAAACUCCCACACUCCCCUUCUGUGCGUGUGUGUGUCUGUCUGCCUGCCUAGGGCGAGUGCACCCGUGUGUGCGGCGGGGGCGUCCGAUUCCGAUAUCGGGGAGUCGCCGAACCAGCCACAGGCAAAGGUGCGCAGAGAGGCAGACACAAGGACCCCCACAAACCAAACCAACCAUCGAAUGAAUGGAUGGCUGCAGGCAAGUGUCCCAGCAAGGAUUCCGAGUACCGGCUAACCUUCUCGGAGUGCAAUACGCACCCUUGCCCCCUGGCCCUCAAGUGCCGCGAUCGGAAGAACUUCAUCUUCGCCAUACCCUCGUCGGUCGGCGAAACGGACUUUGGCAUGCUCAGGAGCUUCGUCAGCCAACUCAUCGGCCGCAUCGACACCCACAAGGACCUCUUGUCGCUCGUUGGUGAGAAUGCACCACACGCAGCCGACACCGACACACACACAAGCCAGCUUUUUGCGGUUUUGCGGGCCGUGUCUCUCAGGUGCGCUGGUGUACUAUGACGAGAACAGGGCUCCCGUCAUCUUGUCUGACCUCACAGCCGACGCCAAGGCAGUGCAGCAGGCGGUGCUUGGUGCCAAGAACCUGCACCACCCUGCAGACACCUCAGUGUGGCAGCCGCUGCUGUCGGCAGCAAUGAUGGCCGACAAGGCCCGCGUGGACGCCGACAAUGUUGUCGUCAUUCUCAUCGACGGCGAAGAGGAAGAGUGAGUGAAGUCGACCGACCAUGAGAAGGAUGCGGCCCUUGCGUGGCUCGUGGAUGUGCGGAUGCGUGUAUGUGUGUGUCAGUUUGGAGGAAGCGUACGAGAUGGCCAACUACUUCAAGUACGACCUGCAGGGCGGCCGCAAAGGGGAGAUCUUCUUCGUCGCCACCGGCACACGAGUCGACCUGAGCGACCUGCGCGAAUACGCCAGGUGACCACAAGCAGUAAACCAACCAGACUCCCAUUCACUGCCUUUCUGUGUUGCUCUACGUCUGGUCUCCAGCUUUCUGGAGUCUCAGCACAUCACCUGGGUGGAGUCGGUCGACCAGCUGCUGGCCGGUCGGCUCAGCAGCGUCCUUGCCGCCACCUGCCCCAAGGCCGUCUCGGACGUACCCAAACCCAAAGUACACGCCGCCGCCACACCCGCACCCGCAGCAAAGAAGGUCAUCCCAGCAGCCCCUACCCCUGCUGCCGAGAAACAGAAGCAAGAAGUCCGCCCACCGCCCAUCCUUGAGGAGGGGGAGAGGCACGUGACGGCGAACAUGUUCGAGACACGCGACAUCAGGGUGGAGCGGUGGGCCGCGGUGCCCCAGGAGAGGAAGGCCCCGCUGCAGGCCAUGUUCGGGCUGGCGGCCUACCCCCAGUGCUGUGUGUGCUUCCGCAAGGCCAGGGACGAGGCCAAGCUGGAGGACCGCAUCUGCGUCAAGGCGCCCGAGAUGGUCCCCCUGUGGCCAUUGAGGCCUGUGAGGAAGUUCGGUGCGGCAGACUGCGCCAGGGUCUGCAACUUGGUCCUUGCGCCAGGGUCUGAGUUUGAGAUGGAUCGGUCGCUCUUUUACUCGAGCGAGCAGGGGAAGCUCGGCACCAAUGCCUGGAAGAAGGACUUCAUGAACCGAUGCGAAGUGGGUUUAGUCGGCACGAGACAUGAGACAUGAGACACGACAAAUGCAUUAAUGGGUCAUGUUUGUCUGUCUCUUUCCUUGUGUUGGUUUGGGUGUGCAGACGGCGCAGCGCUGUGGGGUGUCCGAGCUGUAUGACAAGGGCCGGUCGAUGCCCAAGGCCAAGGACGGCAAGCCCUGCACCGACCCCGUCACCUGCCCCAUCUGCCAGCAAAAAGAGUGGUUCUGCAACAAGGUGCGUCAGCCAACACCCCACCCGCCACCGCCACCACGGACACCUCUCUCUCUCUCUCUCUCUUUGUCUGUGUGUGUGUGGUUCAGGCGACAGAGAAAGAUUUGGGUGCCGAUUCGCCCCUGCCUGCGGAGGCGAGGGUGGGCGAGAUCAUGGCGUACAGGAAGCACAUCGACCCCGACUCCCUCUGGGCGCUCACCAAGUACGCCACGCAAGACACCAACACGGAGAAGGAGAACAAAUGACGGGACGGAUGGACGGCUGGAUGGAAUCAAUGCGAGCAUUGAUGUGCAUUGUACGCGGGUGUCCGUGCAUGUAUGGUGGUUUAGUCUGUCUCUCGAUUCAUUGAUCCAUCUGGACACACCGAAUGGACGUGACACGCGCGCAGACAGACAGAGUGCAUUAUGUGUGUGUCGG